GGCGGGGCUGCCUCUGCUGCCUUUGGUCCGAGGCCCGCGCCCCUCGCUGGGGGCGGGGCUGCCUUUGGUCCGAGGUCCGCGCCCCUCCGCCGGGGGCGGGGCCGUCCGCGCUGCCGUCGCCGUCGCUACUACCGCGACUCAAGGCCACGGUCGGUCGUUCUGCGCGUGCGCGCAGCGACUGCCCGGCGUCGGCCGCCGACGCUGCCUCGUUGAACGCCGGUGACGUCGGGGGAAGGAAGGAAUCUCGCGACUGCUUCCUGAACCAGCACCUACAGCGCUCCGCGAUGGCCGGCCUCGGUGACCUGAACAUGUCGAACCCGGUGUUCGUCACGUACCUGUUCUACGCGGCCGUGCUGGGUCUGAAGACCCUGUUCAUGUCGCUGUUCACCGCCCGGCACAGGAUGGGAAACAAGGUGUUCGCCAACCCGGAGGACGCCAAGGGCCUCCAAGGCAAGGUCAAGUUCGACCACCCGGACGUGGAACGGGUGCGGCGCGCGCACCUGAACGACCUGGAGAACGUGCUACCGUUCCUGAUACUGUGUCCGCUGUACCUGGCCACCGGGCCGGCGGCCGCCACGGCCACCACACUCAUCAGGGUGUUCGCCGCGGCCCGGCUGCUGCAUACCGUCGUCUACCUGAAUGUGGUGCCUCAGCCGUCCCGUGUGCUCUGCUUCACGGUGGGUAUCGUCGUCACCGUCUACAUGUGCGUCCAGAUCCUGCUGGCCACCAUGUAGAACGGAGCGUCUGAAGCUGAACGGACAACCGUGCCAGUAAGGCUCCCCAGCCGCUCCAGGCACUACUCAUAAAUCUACGCAUCGAAUUAUACGCCUGGCCGAGAAUCGCGCCCGGGGCCAAGCUACGCUCAUGGAUUUAUUGAUUAACCUUGUGCAGCAAUGUGUUGAGUCUAUGUGUUAUCGCUUAUGAAGAAACUACAAAUGUGCUUGCAAUAAAGACGAAUAUAUAUAUUAUUCACA